AUGGUGCGGGAUCGGACGGUCAAGCUGAACUGCCGCUACGAGGUUCAGCAGGUCAAGCCCGGGCGCGAUGCUGUCGAGGAUCGUACGGUUGAGGUAAUCAAGCAGCUAGAUCAAGACAUGACGGGUCGUCAGAAGGGGGUCAUAUACUGCCGAUCCAAGAGUCAAUGCUAG